AUGAGAUAAAUUGUGACGUAUUUCAUACAAUAUAUAAAGACGGGAGACGUGAUACAGAUAUUAUUAGGAGACUCAAGUACACCUAGCAAGCAGUGUGCGGACUCGGAAAAUAAUUGAAUAAAUUAUUGCAAUAGAUAUUGGAUAUUUUCGAUCCAAAAUGUGUAAGAAAACCACAAAAGAGGUUGAGGUGGUGGAGACCGGGAAGAAGUUGUACUCAGCUUCUGUUGAAGAAGCAUUAACUAUGACAGGUUUCGGAAAAUACAACUUUGGAUUGCUGCUAGUAUGCAGUUGGACACUACAAGCUAUGGGAAUGGACAUGUUUGGUACCAGCUUCGUGAUAGCUGCAGCUCAUUGCGAUCUGGAACUGACGCUACAACAAAGAGCAUUGCUUACUGCCAUGCCAUUACUUGGUGUAGUGGCAGGAGCUCAACUAUGGGGUUACGUAUCAGAUACAAAAGGAAGAAGGCUUACGUUGGUACUGUCUAUGUCGGUAGGCUUCGUGUUUGCAGCGCUCAGCAGUCUUUCUCCAAACUGGCAGACUAUGGCGGUCCUCAAAUUGAUUUCUUCAAUUUUCACUUCAGCAAGUAAUUCUGGAGCUUACACACUGCUUGGAGAGAGCUGUUCGGAACGCGCUCGCGGCCGCGCCAUGUUGAUGUGCUCCUGCGCACUUAUGUGCUCCCAGGCAACUGUUGCAGUGAUGGCCUACCCGAUCCUACCUAUGGACUUUGCGUACCACAUCGACUUCCUUGGCGUUGUGUACCGACCAUGGCGUCUACUGGCCUUCAUUAUGGCUUUGCCUUGUGCCUUCACCGCCUGUCUGCUACAACUUUUCUACGAGAGCCCUAAGUUCCUUGCCACUCAUGGACGUUAUGAAGAGGCUUUGCAAGUCCUGAAGAACAUUUAUGCUACUAACACUGGCAAGGAUGCUGAUAGCUUCCCAGUUCAAAAACUACAAGAAGAUGCUGAAAACCAGACUGCCGAAGUCAAGGAAUCGUUCUUAAAGUCUGUGUGGCAGCAGACAGUGCCGCUGUUCAAGGCACCUUUGCUGAAGGAGACACUUAGGCUGUUCUACCUCGUCGCUGUUAUUUACAUGACUGGCAGCGGCUUCAUCCUCUGGUUGCCUUACAUCAUGAACAACUUGUUCUUCGUGCUUGAGUCUGGUGGUGGUGAGGGCAUGAACCUCUGCGCUAUCAUUGAAUACCCAUCGGCUGCUGGAUAUGCUACUGGAAACGUAACGGCCGUAGAAGUAUGUGACGACACAAUCCAGGAUACAACAUUAUUCUCCGCCAUGACUUACGGCGCUAUGGCCAGCUGUUCCAAUGUGGUCCUUUCCCUCACUUGUGGUAGUCGCAAGCGUAUGGCCAUGAUCUGCAUCCUUGCCAUGUCGGCCAUAGCCGCCAUCUUGCAAAAUGUAGUAGCUGUACCUCUAGCUGGAGGAAUCUUCUUCUUCUUCUUCCUGAUGUGCGCACUCUCCAUGGGCAUCUUGAGCGUGUACUUCGUUGAGCUUUACCCGACUUCUCUAAGAGGAAUGGUAUCCUGUCUAUCAGUGAUGCUGGGCAGGUCAAGCGCCUUCCUAGGAGUGAACGUGAUAGGUGCCCUCAUCUCGAACAGUUGUGAGGCCACUUUCUACGGCUGGUCCGCCUUAUUGUUUAGUGCAAUAGUAGUCGCAUGGUUCCUGCCCAAAGAUAAACCACUUAAAAAGUAAAGAGUAAAGAUUCAACCAUCUGACUGGAUCUACUGAAGACUGAACUAAAUCUACUCUUAGUUGUAAAUAAUGAAUGAAUGGGAAUGAACGAACGGUUAUGUAAAAUGGUACUGACUGACUGAAAACAUUUUAUUAUUAAAAUAUAGUUGUUAUGUUUAUAUUUUCUGCAAAACAAUAAUAUUUUGUAAUCGUUAGUACCAUAAAGUUUAUAGUAUAGGGUAUUAAUUAUAAUCUUUGUUAUCUGUGGCUUGUGAUUCCCGCGCUUUUAUCACAAGUUUUAUAGGUACAGGUUCAAGACUGCCAUCUUGCGGACAUUUUGAAAGUAAUAUUUUCUUUUUUUCGUAGUCCAUUUUAUUGUUGUAAUAGUAAUGUUUCUAAAUUAAUAAUGUACCUGACACGGCCAUUAUAGUCAGUAAAUAAUGUUAAGAAAAUCUUAUUAAGGUAUUGUUAGUCAUAUUUCUCAUACUUAUUAAGUUUUGAUGUAUACCUAGCACGUAUUGUAAAGUUUUGUUAAAUAAACGUAGUUUAAAAUAAA